UCUGUGAUACAACAGCAUCACCAAAAAUGAAUCCUCUGGUCCUGUUCGCAGCUUUGGCCACAGUGGCCACCACGACCGCAGCUCCCUUGACACAGUACAUGCCCAUGAUGGGAGGUCAAGGCAUGAUGGGCGGUCAAGGCAUGAUAGGCGGACAGGGCAUAAUGGGAGGACAAGGCAUGAUGGGAGGACAAGGCAUGAUGGGAGGACAAGGCAUGAUGGGGGGACAAGGCAUGAUGGGUAGACAAGGCAUGAUGGGUGGUCAAGGAAUGAUAGGAGGACAGGGUAUGGUAGGAGGACAAGGAAUGUACACCAACCAGGGCAUGUACGGCAUGGGAGGCAACAGGAUGAUGGGCGGUCAACUGGGAGGUAUGAACCAGAUGGGGGGGCAGUUGGGAGGAAUGGGACAAAUGAGACAGAUGGGAGGACAGGGCAUGAUUGGAGGACAGAUGAGACAGAUGGGAGGAGGCAUGAACCAGAUGGGAGGAAUGAACCAAAUGAGAUACGGAAUGGGAGGACAGAUGGGCGGACAGAUGGGCGGACAGAUGGGCAGACAGAUGGGCGGGCAGAUGGGGUCCAUGAACCAGAUGGGAGGAAUGAUGGGCAGACAAAUGGGAGGUAUGAUGGGCGGUCAGAUGGGAGGAAUGGCGGGCAACCAAAUGGGCGGCGGCAUGAUGGGAGGACAAAUGGGUCGUAUCGGAGGCCUCACCGGUGGUCAAAUCGUGAAUCCUCAGGCGCUGAGUCCCAUUGGCCCCUCUGGUAUCGUAACCGGAGAAGGUGCUUACGGACCUUCGGGAAUAGUGACCGGACAAGCUGCUGUUGGACCAUCGGGCAUCGUCACCGGACAUGGAGCUGUGGGACCAACUGGACCCAACGGUCACCAUGAACAUGAUUUACACUAGCCUCCUAGUCAUCUAAUGUAUUGUUUUAUAAGAAAGAUCUUAUGAACGAGUGAUCUAUGUCAGUAAUAAAAUGGACUGUU